AUGGGCGCAAAGGUUCCCCGCAACUUCAGACUCCUCGAGGAGCUCGAGAAGGGCGAGAAGGGCCUUGGAGCAGAGGCUUGCUCCUACGGCUUGAACGAUGCUGAAGACCUCUUGAUGUCCGACUGGAACGGCACCAUCCUGGGACCCCCUCACAGUGUCCAUGAGAACCGAAUUUACUCCCUCAAGAUGCACUGCGGCCCUAACUACCCUGACGAGCCCCCGACGAUACAGUUCAUCAGCCAGGUCAACCUGCCCUGCGUCAACUCCCGCAACGGUGUCGUCGACCCCAAGCAGCUUCCCUGCCUGGCUAACUGGAAGAGGGACAACACCAUGGAGACGGUCCUGAUUGAACUUAGAAGAUACAUGGCGGCCCCUGCAAACAAGAAGAUCCCCCAGCCCCCCGAAGGCUCGUCAUACCAGUAG